AUGGCAGCUCUAACUCUAAGCGCGCCCAGGCGCACUGCAAGAUACAUAUGUGACACAUGUCGUAAUAGCGUACGCUAUCCACGCAACCCAGCUUUUGGCGUACAACGAUAUCUUGGCACCGCAGCGUCCUUACGCAGUGAAGACUCACAGCAAUUGACGUCGCAUCAAUACUUUCGCAGUCCUGCCGCCCCAAAUUCAACUUUUGAAUUAGCUCGGAGAAAAUCCAUAUUGCGUCAAUACUCGACAUCCAGCCAGGCUGCAUACGCCACGAACUCAGGCUUUGCGUCACUGCCACAUCGUCGUCUAAUCGCCCUCUCCGGCCCCGACACCGCAAAGUUUCUACAAGGCUUGAUAACAAACAAUGUUGAUCCGGAUCGUUCAUCAUCAUUCUACUCUGCCUUCUUGGAUGCGCGAGGCAGAAUACUGUGGGACGUUUUUGUAUGGGUAUGGCCUGAGCUUGUUGCAGAGAAGGGACACUGGGCUUGCCAUAUUGAGGUGGACGAAGGUGAAUUGGAGGCAUUGAAAAAGCACCUAAAGCGCCAUAAAUUGAGGAGCAAGAUUCAGAUUGAGGAAAUUAGCCCGGAUGCAGUACGCGUCUGGUCAAGUUGGGGAUCUGCAAUUGAGCAAGCCAACACUCAAGGUCUCAUUGCUAACCUGAAAGAUCCGCGUGCACCAAACAUGCAUCGUUAUCUUGCAGAUGCAAAUGCGGAAACGAUAAUAGAUGGCGCACAGCCAGCAGAUGUUCAAGAAUAUCACCUUCAACGUUACCGAAACGGCAUCCCAGAGGGACAGAUUGAAAUACCCCGCGAGAGUGCCCUGCCAAUGGAGUGCAACAUCGAUCUCUCUCAAGGCAUAGAUUUCAAAAAGGGCUGUUAUGUUGGUCAAGAACUCACCAUCCGCACCAAACACACCGGAAUCGUGCGAAAACGCAUCUUACCAGUCGAACUUUACACAACCGCCACAUUGGCCACUCUUCCCGAACAUGGCACCGACAUCAAGCAACUCGACGAAAGCGGCAAUAUCAAGAAAGGACGUGCGACUGGCAAGUUCGUGGCUGGUAUUGGCAACGUAGGGCUUGCAAUGUGUCGGCUAGAGAACAUGACGCAUAUGAAAGUCAGUGCUGAGGGAGGCACAUGGAAGCCUGGGAUGGAAUUUGGUUGCGAGACGAAAGAUGGAAUUGUUAAGAUUAAGCCGCUGUUGUACGAUUGGUUUGUGUUGAGAGAAAGAGAUUUAUGGGACAAGAACAGGCAGAGGCUGUGA